UAUUAGUAACAGAGAUAGUGUGAUCUCAUGUUGUAAUUAGUCAAUUAAUAAUAUUGCUGGGUCUGGAAAGAGGCAGUAACAUCGUCCGUCUUUCGUAAUAGUUUGGAAAUAGAGAGGUAAAAUUCUCAAAAAAUGUUUUACACCAUUCGAAGGUAGUUUUCUAUGGCUUGUGAUGUUUCCUGAAAAGUGUAUUUUUUAAUACUAUACUGGCGCUGGGGUAGUGUGGAAGAUGUAAUCAAAAUUUCAUAUGCUCCACGUCGAGACAUGGGUUCCAGAAUAAGAGACACGGUACGCUUCUUAUUUGAAUUAUUUUGUGAAGUAUCACCAGGUGAUAAUCAAAGGGAACCUUAUAUUACUCGAAAAUAUCCAGAAUCAUAUAGAAAUGAAGAGGAGUUGAAAAAUAUACCAAAAUUUACAUUUCCAUGUCAGCUAGAAAAUUCAUUUGCACAACACUAUUCGUUUGUGUUGACCUCAGAGGAUUCCAAGUACACGUUUUGUUUUUGCCGAUAUGACCCCAAAGCGAACACAGCUCAAGUGUUGUUAUCACAUUUACCAUGGCAUGACAUAUUUUACAAGUUACUCAAUUGUAUUGCAAAUUUAAUAAAUAGUCCAGAAAGAGGGGAAUUGACUUCAUUUCUAGAAGCAUGUCGUAUAAGGCCGCCUAUGCCCGGGCACACGCUCAAAGUGACCUACAAUGCAGGUCACAGCGUUUUCACAUGCCAGUGUCCUGACAAUAAACUACCAAGUAUUCCAGAAAAUUGCAACUUAACGGAAUACUUCAGUGCCAUGGACACGAAGUGCAUGGCUGGGUUGUGGGCAGCGUUACUCCAUGAGCGAAGAGUGGCGAUAGUCGCUACGAAGCCUUCGAGAUUGUCAGCGUGCGUGCAGGCCGCGAACGCUACGCUCUUCCCAAUGUCAUGGCAACAUAUAUUCAUUCCUAUUCUGCCGAAACAUCUUGUUGAUUACUUGUUGGCGCCAAUGCCAUUUCUUAUUGGAGUUCCUAGGAGUGUGAUGGAGAGUGUGAGAAUGUCAGAAAUUGGUGAUGUGGUUAUAUUAGAUGUAGAUGCGAACGAGCUGAGAACCCCCUUCAAUGAUUUGGAAAGUCUUCCCUCUGAUCUGGUGUCAAGUUUGAAAAAAGCUUUAAGUGAUAAGAAUGCUCUGGGUGAUGCUGUGUCCCGUGCGUUUCUGCGCGCGCUUGUGUGUUUGAUAGGUGGAUAUCGUGAUGCUAUUAAGAUUGAGAAUGGUCAGCUGAUAACUUUUAAUCCAGAAGCUUUUAUUAGGACGAGAAAAAACAUGCAACCAUUCCUUAAAAAAAUAUUACAAUCACAAAUAUUUCGCCAGUUUAUUGACGAGAGAUUGGAUCUGCUUAACUCUGGGCGCGGUUUCAAUGACGAGUUCGAAGUGGAGUGCAACCAUUAUGCCGACAAGCUGAAUACUGGUAGCGGGCAGAAGCUGAAACAGCAGUACAGAGACUGGGCUAAAACUGUCAAAAAAGAAGGCGGGGCCUUCUUCAAAAAUAUGAAAGACAAGGCAAACCCAGCAAUGCAAUCGGCGGUCAAAACGGUCCGUCAAGGUGGUAAGAAUAUGAAAUCGGCGGUUAAAGGCCUGAAGAAUAAAAUACCUAGGACAGGGUCGCGUCCGUCAUCUAUAAACACUACGGACGAUAGCAGGUUUUCGUGCGGGUCCGCAACGCCGGUGUCGUCGGACUCGUCGGACUCGACGCCCGCGCACGACGCGCCGCCGCCGCGGGGCGCCCCGCCCGCGCUCCCGCUCGAUCUCCUCACCGAGAUGGAGUACCUCUUCGCCAACAAGAACGCACAACGCCGCGACAGCUUCCCCAACAGUUCGCACAACUCUGAAAUCAGUCUUCCAGACAAAGCAAAAACACUGUCACCAUGUCUCCCACCCCGGUUACCGGAACGUCCCCAACUCCCAGUCCGUUACCCAAUAAUUUCCACGAGGAAACUAAUUGAUUUGUCUGAUGCGCCCAAGCCGCCACCGCGCGCGACGCCAGCCGCGACGCUUCAAAAUCUACACUUUGUCAGUAAAAUCACAAAAAACGAUGUGAAAACUACGCCAGACUUCCAUACCAGCACGAUACGCUUCACAGAAGGCAAUGACAAGGCAAAAUUAAAAUUGACCCUGUCGACAAAUCAGAGAAAAAUGUCUCAAACGAGCGCGCCACCGCCAUGUAACGGCACCGCGCGGCAGCUCGCGGCCCCCGCAGUAGGUAGGCCCAGCCUAGAGGGCGCGCGGCCGCGGCUCGCCGCACACCUACCUUCCUUCAAGGGGAAAGUUCAAGAGUCGUGUGGCUCUGAUUCUGAUCUCAUUAAACUGGAUGAUUCGCCGACAGACCUAGAAGAUUUCGAUCCACUCAAGUGUCGUGACAAAAGUCAGAAAGUCGAACAAAUCAAGUCUACAGAUAGUGCUCUCUUACACGAAUACGGACUAGAUUUUAGCCAAUUCGGUUUGUUAGACUAUUCGGCAGGCUCGAGCGCUCGGCCGGACCCCGCCAACACUGUCCCCAAAGGCUGGACCACCUUUAAUUAGUACAUGUGUUUUUACAACUUCUUUACUUGAUGUAUAUUUGUAUAAAUUGCAUUAGAUAUUGUAUUUAAUAUAGUGCUUCUUUUUGUUUGUAUACAGCAUUUUUAUUUAUUACAGAGAAAGUGAUUUAUAUUAUUACAGUAAUGCAUACUUGAAAAUAUUGUAUAUAGUGUUACAUAUCAAUGAGUUGUAAAUUAAUGCAUAAAUUGUAAUCCGUAACAAUGAUAUUUGUAUAUGUGUUGUAGAUCAAUUAGUAAGUUCCAGGUGUACGAUAGACGUUUUGUUUAGUGAUGGGUGAACAAAGAGAUCAAACCUUUUGGAACGUUCUCAGUGCUUCUAGUUUUUCGAAUGUAAAGCUUUAUUUAUGUUAAUUGUAUUGUUCCUAAAUUGUGACUUCGCAGAAAUUAUUGUCUUACAAUAAUAUGUAUUGAAAUUAUUUGCAGUUACGUUUUUGUUAUUAGAUUUUGUUUUAACAAUUUUAUAGCCAUUUAAAGUGAUAGACAGAUUCUCAAUAUUUUGUAUUGCAAUAUUUAUGACAUGAGACAUUCAGUUAUAUAUUUACAACAUCGUAUUUAACACAGUAUAAUUAUGUAAUUAAAAGUACAACUAGCUGUUUAUAAGAUAUUGGAAUUAUUUUGUCUAAAUCUAUAUUUGUUUAUAUAUUGGAAAUUAUUUCUUAAGGUGCUUUGUAAGAAAUAGGACUCGUAUUAUGCGAAUGAACUUGUGGUGCGGGUACGGGCAGUGUCUCGAUUCCAUACCAAAUGUCAUAAUACAAAUAAUAAAGUGAAUUUUCAAUUUGAAAUCGCGUUUACAAUUUAAUGAUUUUAUAGGUAACAAUUUGUUAUUGAAUUUUAUUUUAUAUAUAUGCAUUUUAAUUGACUAUUUGUCAUUGAAUAAUUAUGAAUUGAUUGCGGAGUGAAUUGAGGACGCUGUUGUACCCACCCUAUUACGAGUUCGAGGUUUAAUAAGAAAAAUAUGAUUGUAGUCUAUCUCGUACCUACAAAGUGACAGUUAAUAAAAAUGCGACUGAUAUUACUGUACCUAUAAUAAAAAAUGAUUUUAUAGAAAAUAGUUAUUGCUUGCAGAUUUCGCUGAGUGUCUAGUUUCAGAUAAUCUAAAGUUCAUAAUUUGGAUGAUAGUUCGACCAUAUUUGUAGAAGCAACUUGAAAUUGUGAGACUGAGCUUUGUUCGUGUCAACAUGUGUAGGUAGGUAGCCAAAUCGUUAAUUAUGGAACCAGCGUACCUAUGUGAAUAAGUCGGGCCCUCGCUUGUACCUGAUGUAACUAACUGUUCUUACCGACGCUGGUACAGUCUUAUGCCUGCAUAAUACUUGAUGGGUAUGGAGAUAUUAUUUAUAAAGCAGGAUGUGCUUAAAGCCUCAAGAAGAAUCACAAGAACUUAGCACUUAUGAGACUGUAGCAGCAUCAAAGAGAAGUAGUUAGAAAGAACUUAUGAUACGUAAUGAAACUAAGUGUGUUACAACGCUUAGUGAUCAAACGAAACAUACACUGAACUUGUUUGUUUGAAUAACAAAUUGAUUAAUGGGUCUGGCUUAAGAUAAGCUACGUAUCUGUGUGUAGCCGUUAUCGACAUGAUAACUACGCUAACGACACUUAAAAUAUUGUAGUUACACAAUGUGAUCCGGGAUAUAUUCCCAAUAACCAAUAAAAGGAUUUACAAAAAA